UAAAGAAAAACAAUCGAAUUCGGCUUUGUUUGAGCAAUUAACAAACCCCUCGAUCGAUUUUGUACAAAAAGUUUUCAUCUUUCAACACAUCGACAUGGCUACUUCAUCAGUUGGGUUUAAGUCGAGAGAAGAGCAUCGGAAGAAACAAGAAUUGGAGGAAGCGCGUAAAGCUGGGCUUGCUCCAGCUGAGAUUGAUGAGGAAGGGAAAGAGAUUAACCCUCAUAUACCUCAGUAUAUGUCAUCUGCUCCGUGGUAUCUUAAUACUGAGAAACCAAGCUUGAAACAUCAGAGGAAAUGGAAAUCUGAUCCGAACUAUACCAAGUCGUGGUACGAUAGAGGAGCGAGAACGUUCAAGGCAGACAAGUAUAGGAAAGGAGCUUGUGAAAACUGUGGGGCUAUGACGCAUAGUACAAAGUUGUGUAUUGAGAGGCCAAGGAAGGUAGGAGCGAAGUGGACUAAUAAGCAUAUAUCUCCUGAUGAAAAGAUUGAGUCUUUUGAACUUGAUUAUGAUGGGAAAAGGGAUAGAUGGAACGGUUACGAUAUGAAUCAGUAUGCUCGAGUGAUUGAGAGGUAUGAGGCUAGAGAUGAAGCGAGAAGGAAAUUCUUGAAAGAGAAGCAACUGAAAAAGUUGGAAGAGAAGAGUAAAAAGCAGCGUGUGGAUGAAGAGUCUAGUGAUGAUGAUGAUGAAGACGAUGCUCUGAAACUUGAUGAAGCUAAAGUUGAUGAGAGCAAGCAAAUGGACUUUGCUAAGGUAGAGAAACGUGUCCGAACAACAGGCGGUGGCAGCACAGGAACUGUUAGAAACUUGCGUAUACGUGAAGACACUGCAAAAUAUCUUCUGAAUCUUGAUGUCAAUUCCGCUUAUUAUGAUCCCAAAACUCGGUCUAUGCGUGAAGAUCCUCUUCCAAACGCCAAUCCAAACGAGAAAUUCUAUGCAGGAGACAAUCAAUACAGAAUGACUGGACAAGCCCUAGACUUCAAGAAACUCAAUGUUCAUGCGUGGGAAUCAUUUGAGAAAGGCCAAGCGGAGAUCAACAUGCAAGCUGCUCCUUCUCAAGCCGAGCUGCUUUUCAAGAACUAUAAAGCAGCAAAGGAAAAACUGAAGAAACAGAUGAAAGAAACUAUCAUGGAGAAGUAUGGAAAUGCUGCAUCCAAGGAAGAAAUCCCAAGGGAGCUUCUACUAGGACAAAGCGAGAGAGAAGUUGAAUAUGACCGUUGUGGAAGAGUUAUCAAAGGAAUGGAAUCAUCAGUACCUAAAAGCAAAUACGAGGAAGAUGUUUACAUAAACAACCACACAAGCGUAUGGGGUUCAUGGUGGAAAGAUCACCAAUGGGGAUAUAAAUGUUGUCAGCAAACAAUCAAGAACAGCUAUUGCACCGGAGUGGCAGGAAUCGAGGCGGUUAAGGAAGCUGACGAUCUGAUGAAAACCAAUAUCGAAAGAAAAGCAAACUGUUGUGAGAUGUCCGGUCCAGUAACAGAGAAAAGACUCGCGACUUGGGGAAGUGAAACGCAAGAAGAUCUGGUUCUUGACGAGAAAAAACUCGCGGAAGCUCUAAAGAAGGAGGAUGAGAGAAAGAGAGAGGAGAAAGACGAAAGAAAACGCAAAUACAACGUCCAAUGGAAUGAUCAGGUUACACCUGAAGAAAUGGAAGCAUAUAGAAUGAAAAGAAUGCAUCAGGAUGAUCCCAUGAAGAAUUUUUUGCACUAAAGUGGCUUUGUUAAUAUUAGUUGUAGUACUUAAGAAAAAUUUACGAGACAAGAAACCGAAUUGGUUUUGUUAUAAAUUUGUUUGGUUUGUUAUAAAUAACCGAAUCGAAAUUAAUGACGUUCAAAUUUAACCAAA